CUCUGGGGAGAGGGAUGGUUAUACCACUCUAGGAAUUUUAACUCUGAAGGAGAACAGGGGUCUCCCAACAACUCCCAACAACCUUAAAAAAGUUACAGCUUUCAGGAUUCUUUGGGAGAAAGCCACAACUGUUGGUAUAAUAAUGGUUUAGGUGUAGAGUAUGGAUGUGGAUGAAUAUAUAAUUGAUUAUAUUGAUUAGGAGUCUGGAAAACUCAAUAACCAUGGGCAAAAUCAUUUAUUUCAGGCUCAGAUACCUCUCCCCCCAACAAUCUGAGGAUAAAAAUAUCGACCUUUACGAAGCUUCUCUCUCUCUUACACACACGCGCGCGCGUGCGCGCACCCACCCACCCACCCACCCACCUUCUUCCUUCUUCCAGUGCAGGGACUUAAUCACAUUGGCACUUUGUCCCCUAUUUCACAUGUAGGUUCCUUGGUAGAAAAUGGUGCCGUUAGGGCUGACUAUGGGAUGGAGGUCCAGAUCUCCCUUGGAGGGAAACCAAGUGGCAGCUGACUUCCGAGGCACUCUGGGAAAUGAAGAUUGCAGAAAUGAGUGUUUGGUGCCCACUCUGCAAAACAUUUCGAGAAAAAUGAGAAAAAGGUGCAAGAGCUGUUGCUGCUGCUGCCAGCACCACAUGGUAAGGAGAGGGAGGGAGAUCAACCAGGUGGGUGGCACCUGAGAUUUGACCGGGGGGGGGGUUGUUUUAUUUUUUGUUUAACAAUAAAGUGGUGUAUAAAUUUAUGAAAUAAAACAAAGCAAUGAAUAAUAAAUAAACAUUUAUCUACUUUUCACACCACAAGAAUGGUGGCAUAUACAAAACUGACGAAACACUUUUGUGGUGUCAACUUCUUAUAGGAACAGGUGUGGAUGCUGUAAUACAGUGGUACCUCAGGUUAAGUACUUAAUUCAUUCCGGAGGUCCAUACUUAACCUGAAAUUGUUCUUAACCUGAAGCACCACUUUAGCUAAUGGGGGCCUCCUGCUGCCGCUGCGCCACUGUUCUCAUCCUGAAGCAAAGUUUUUAACCUGAAGCACUAUUUCUGGGUUAGUGGAGUCUGUAACCUGAAGUGUAUGUAACCUGAAGCAUAUGUAACCCGAGGUACCACUGUAUUUGAAACUGGGCUGGUGGUGCAAGGCCUGUACAGUCAUCCACCAGGGUGAACAAACCUUCUGUUUCUGCUUUUUGCCUUUGUGAAAACAAGUCUUUCUAGCACCAGGUAGGCCACAAAUAUACAGCCAGUGCAGCUCAGUGUGUUUGCCUGCUAUAAACCCAGUGGCUGCUCAAUCCAUGGAUUCACUGUGUAAUCUACUCAGCAUUUAAAGUGAUAUUUGGCAUUUGUAGCACUUGUAAAAUAUUUGCACAUAUUUGGGUUGCCAUAUGACCUCUUUUUCCAGGACACGUCUUCCUUUCCAGGAUUAAAAUUUCUGGCUGGGAGGAUUUUUAAAAUUUGGUAAAAAUGUCCAGGGGGGUUAGUUAGUUAGUUUUGUUUAUAGUAACCAAAGAAUUUUUUUCUAGUGCAUCAGAUCUAAGGCACCCAGCUAAGCUAGUCUGCAGCAGAGAAUCACAACAGAGCAGCAUCUUAAACUAGCUGCAUACUGUAUACUUGUGGCUGAACUAAAAAGACACUGGCUCAGCUACAAAAUCUUGGAGGUGUCUGGGAGGGCAAGAGCUAACAUCCCCCUGCCAUUAAAGAGAGUCCAUAUGUAGAUGUUAAACAGUUUAAUAAACUGUUUUGUGCACACUUAUGUUCACAAAGAUGUGAACAUGAGCCCAAAUACUUUCAUGUGGCAAGUGAGCGAGCAAUAUGUAUUAUUAUUAUUUUGUUGCUGAAAGUUAAGAACAUUGCUGCUAGCAAUAUAUCAGAGCUUCUAUAGCCUACAUAUAGUAGUAUUCAAAAUGAGAGUUGUCAUAGUGAUCCAUAACUAAAAGUAGAACGUGUCCUUUUUUUUUGCUCUUCAAAAUAUGGCAAGCCUGCCUUAUAACCCUGGAAGAUAGGCCCAUAUUAUUAUCUCCUUAUUGCUGGUUCUAGGGGAGGUGCUCAAGCUGAGAACAGUGGGCUGACUAAGGCAAGCUCCUGAGCUUGUGGCCUAGAGGAGGUCUGAGGCAGAGAUUUUCUGCCUUGCAGGUCACGACUCAUACCUGAGCUACUCAUUCGUGUGAAAAGUCUGUCAAUCUUCCUCCGUUUGGCUGAGAUUCAGACCAGGCUGUUGCUGUACCACUGAAUCUCUCUUCAGUUCAGCAAAGAUGUGUGUGUGUGUGUGUGUGUGUGUGUGUGUGUGUAAGAACAAUAUUAUUAAAAUCAUCAUAUUAUGGCUUUUUAAAAGCUAUUCCCCCCCAAAAAAAGUUUCCAUGUUUUCUACCCACAGCACGACUUCAAUCCAUUCAUCCAUGUGAAACAUUUAAUACUGAGAGAGGUUGCUCCAGAAGACCCAAUCCCCCAGAUUGUUAAAAUAUUGUUGACUGGAUAGUGAAAAGGAUAAUUUUUGUUCCAUAAGCAAAAAGCUGCUCAUCUUUAGGAACAUUGCUUUGAAACUGUGUACUGAGGGAAGAAAGAAACAUCUCUCCCUCUCCCUCCCUCCCUGUGUGUGUGUGUGUGUGUGUGUGUGUGUGUGUGUGUGUGUUUCCAGGAAGCAAUAAGCACCUACAUGAAAAUAACUCCAUCCUUAAUCCCCUGCCUAUCCGUUUUUAUCUGAUGGCUUCGGCACGGGCAGGAAGAUCACUGCGCGGCAGAAAACGAAGGCGCGUUAACAAGAUGUGGCCAGUCCCAUGGAUAAAACAAUAGAGAAAACCCUCUUCCACUUUGUCUAGCACCCUGGUGCCGUUCUCAUGCCCAGGUCACAAUGUGGCUCAUGGUGGGCUUAGUGUGUUGCCUUGUGUUUGGGGGGCUGCCGUUGGCUCUCGCCUCGUGCCCUUCCCAAUGUAGUUGCGCUUUCCACAGUAUCAACGAAGGGACGAAAGCAAGGUACGUUGGCAACUGUCUAUUUAUUUUAUUCCUUGGUGGGCUUUGAAGCGUUGUUUCGUGAGUAGAGGUUAGCGCGUUGCCUGAGCAGAACCACCCCCCCCCCAAGUAGACGUGGGUCACUCCAUGGCUCUUUGUUGCAAAUGUUAUUUUCCCAAUCACUUUGUACUACAGCUUUCUGCACAGUCGGAUUAGCUCCAGAGCAGACUGUAAUCUGAUUUCAGAGAUGUCAUUUGCUGAUCUUCUGUAUGCCAAAGGCAGAAGCAAUAUAAUUAACAUUGGUACAAUGUUAGGCAAAAGGGGCACUAAAAUUGAGCUUUUGGAAAAUAUAUGUUCAGGGAAAUGGUUUUCAUCACCAUGUUGGACCAACAAAUAAAACAUAACCAUGGACUUUUCAUUAUUAUUUUUUAAAAAAAACACCAGACCGCAACAGUACCUAUAUAUUUUAUUUUGCUUCCAACCUUCCAGCUGAAUUCUUGUUCUUGAAACUAGCUAAGAUAUGAAGCUUACUCUGUUUAAGGAUUUCUUUUUUCCGAUUUGGUGUUUUUUGUUUUGUCUUGUUAAAGAAAAGCAGCAACAGAUGUUUCCAUUUUUUCAAGGGCAUACAUGUUGAUCAUGGCGACAGAGAUGCUCAUUCAAAGUAUUAUGUAAAAUGCUUGCAAGCAUGGAACAAUAUGUGCCUACACUGAGCCUGCCUAAACAGGCAGCCAGUGAGAUUUGCAGAGAAGUGAGCUUGUUUUGUUUAUCUAAAUUUGUAAGCACUUAAAAAACACACACCACAUCUCUAGUACCAUAUACAGGAAUGAAUAACAUGUAAAAUAAAAUGUAAUACUCAGGACUCAUAUAGUGCCUUUUGAUCUCCGCCGAAAAUACUUUGCAUAUAUUGCCCUGGCUGUUCUUAUAACAACCCAGUAACACUGGUCGGAAUUAUCUCCACAUUACAGACUAAGUUUUUUAGCCUGAGAAAUAACGCUUUGCCUAAGGUUGCCUGGAGUGUGCCAGUGGCGUUGCAGGCAGCUCACAUUUGUAGCCUCCACAUCUAUACAUGCCAUGUGCAAUUGCGCAUGGAUAUACAGUGCACGCAACAGGUUUCCUGUUGAACAAUUAAGCUGAAAGAAAUGAACGAUUGAUUAUUGUAGCACGUAAUAUGAAUAUUUGGAUGCUCAAUUGGGAAAAAAAGCAUUUUGAUUGCUGUGAGAGUAAUAUCAUCCAUUCUUACAUAUAAGCCAAUGGCGCUAGUAAACAUUCUUUGGUUACCAUUUUAGGAACAAAAGGAGAGUUAUUUCUAAUUACCGUGCAGAUCCCACGACUCCUUAUAGAAUGAUCAAUGCUCUGGGGUGUUAGAAUAUAAUCUAAACUAAUCUAGUUAGAAAUAUUCAAAGCAAUUAGGCAAUGGAGCAAGCUGCCCUAAGAGUUUAAAGAGGAAGGCGGACAUGAAUUUUAUCAGGGCGAUUUUACUUAUAGUAACAUGUCUCAGCACAAGACAUUAGGGCAGAUCCUUCCAAGCCGAGCAAUUUCUGUAUGAACUUUGAAGUGAUUUCUGUUCCAUACUGAAAAGCUCACAUUUAGGGCAGCAGCGUUGCCAAGUAAAGCACUUUAUUUUUCUCUCUGUAGGAAUGAAUGGUGAUGUUUCACUUAUAUGGACGAAAGAAGCAGAAGCAAUUGAGGCCUGCUCCCUUCCUCUAGUUAGGAGGGAUGGGCAGAUUUCAGUUUUUCUCAGUUUCUUAUUUCUCCAUUCUUAAGUUCAUUUCUCCACAUUUCCACAUCAGCUUGCAAUUAUUUUUCUAAGUUCUCACAAAAAAUUCAUCAGCAUUCCAGAGCAGAUUUCUCUUCAGAUAUAUGUCUCUUUAUGCAAUUUUGCCAAAUAUAAACAAUUUUGUAAAGCAAUUUCAUCUAAUACAAUGUAUUUUUUGUACAUCAUCUUUACAAAUGCAUGUAUUUAUAUGCAUGAUUGCCCCCAAUAUAUGGAUUUUUAUAUGCAUUACAUGACCGGAGAACUACAUUGCAAAGUUUGGAGAAGUGAAAAUUCCGAAAGAUGGCUUUGUUUCAGAUUUCAGAUUGUUUUGGAAAGUAUCUGGUAGGUUCACCUUGAACGUGAACUGAAUCUCAUUUACAUCUCCCAUCUCAACUAGUGAGUGGACCUGGCCACUGAAAUUCAUCAUCUACUUGCACAAAUAGCCAUGCUGGAUUCUGCUUCUUGGAAGGUCAUUCUUGGAACACUGGAGACUGGCUUUCACGACUUGAGUACUUUGGAAAGACAGGAUAAAAAUAUUUUGAGUACAUUAUUGACAUAAUACUUAUAUAGAGGUGUCACAAGCUUUUUACCUGGUAUAAUAAACAGCUAUGAAUCUUAUUGGAUUAUUCAGAUGUUGUUGGACUCCAACUCCUAUAAUCCCAGGCUACUAACCAUAUGGACUGGGCCGGCCCACCCAAGGGGCAAGGUGAGGUGACCUCCUCAGGUGGCAGGAUCCACAGGGGCAGUAGAUCCUGAUGUAACUCUUCAUCGACUCCUUUUUCCCUGGCAGGGAGAGGAGCGCCAUUUUGUGGUUCACCUCAGGUGCCAAAAUGUGUUGGGCUGGCCCUGCAUGUGGGAUAGGGCUGAUGGGAGUUGUAGUCUGAAACAUUUAGAGGGCCACAGGCUGCUCAUCCCUGCAAUGGGCAGCUGCAGAGGACGGUUAAAUUUAUUACAAAGUGUGCUGUCACUCUGCAUAAUACAAGAUGUGGCCAAUGCCCUGCAUGAACUCAGUGUGUAUCCUAGAAUGCAUCCCAGAAUUCUCUGUGGUGUACAGGAGUCCUUUGGCAGACAUGAAAUGGGUGUGGAAGGGGUUCCAUGAAUUUAGACAUGUUCAAGGAUUUUUAUUUUAUUUUAUUAGUUGCAUUUCUGGCUCACCCUUCCUCCCAAAGUAGCUCCAGCAGCAAACAAUGACACAAUGCAAUUUUAAAAAUCUGAAACCAAUAUCAAGUCACAUAUUCGUACAACGAAAAAUGUCCAUGUUGCCAGGAACAGUAUCUUUCCACCAUUAAAUGCCUGGGAAAACAGGAUUCUUUAGAAAUUCUACUACUGUAGGAACAAGAGGCAACAACUAGCCAAUUUUAUGCUACUUUAUGCUUCUGUUGAUUUUGGUGUGUUAAAGAUCUGCAUUAGGCUGCGAUCCUAAGCAUAGUCACUUGGAUUUCAAUAGGAGUGACUCCCAAGUAGUUCCAUUAUUUUUGUAUCGUUUAUAGCCCAUCUCCCUUUCAUCAAAGUGGUGGCCUACAGUAUGUGGUUCCCAAGCAUUCACCUCUGCAGGCACUAGGGAACAGACCCAGAGCUGCUUAGCUCCAGCAAGGUGGUGCCCACACAUGCCUUCAGAUCACACCCUGGUUUCAACACAAUUAGCAUUAGGUUUCAAACAUCUCUCUUUGAAAGUCAUGGGGUUGAAAAGUGCUUACCAUUGAGUUAUGCUAGGACCGGCAUGAUUAGUCAGCACCAUUGGGCAUCUGCUGAGACCCCCAGUUUGGGGGAGGGCACUGGUGGCCACCAGAGCCAGGUGGUGCUGUUGCCAUUGCCAACUACCCAACCUCUCUGGCCAAGGGCGAGAACAUCAGCAAACAGUGGAAAUGAGUAGAAGGAGCUGCAGUUGCCACUGCCUGCCCACUCAUGUGCCCCCUUUGGAGGGCAGAGAUGGAGGGGAAGCGAGUAGUAAUAGAAGAAGAGUUUGGAUUUGAUAUCCCACUUUAUUACUGCCCUAAGGAGUCUCAAAGCGGCUAACAAUCUCAUUUCCCUUCCUCCCCCACAACAAACACUCUGUGAGGUGAGUGGGACUGAGAGACUUCAGAGAAGUGUGACUAGCCCAAGAUCACCCAGCAGCUGCAUGUGGAGGAGCGGGGAAGAGAACCCAGUUCACCAGAUUACGAGUCUACCUCUCUUAACCACUACACCACCCUGGCUCUGUAGGUAAUUACAGGAUAUAGGAGCAUUUGCCAAGGUCCUCCAGAAACAUGCAGCUCACACUGGGCGUGAACCCCAAAAAUUACCCUUAUGUUUUCCCAAAGAUUUAGCCAUGUUACUUUGUCACAAAAACUCUCCACCCAGUGCAUGAUGGAGAACAGCAACAACCGGGAAAAGAUAGACAUAAUAUUUUACAAGGACAGGAAGAAACAUUACAGUCAGAACGAUUGCCACACACAGGAAGAAUAAGGAUAUAGCUUGAGUGUUUCACCUGCAGAUUUAGAAAUCAUUUAAUGUGUCGAUACGAAUGGAAGUCAUUAAUAUUGUAGUUGUUGUAUAAGGGAUUGUUAUUUUGACUGGAGUGUAAUUGAAAUUAAUAAGAUUUUGGAACACAGAAAUAAAGUAAAUAAUCAAACCACAAAUUCUAGCAUGCAGGGGGCCACCUAAAUUUUCUAAUUUGGCAUCUGCAUGAUUGGUAUUAGUAAUUGUAUUAUAGUUUGGCAUUGUUAUAAUGAACUUAUUAUUGGAUUAUUGUAAUUGAAAACUAAUAAAAAUUAUAUAUAUAUAUAUACAUAUACAUACAUAUAUAUAUAGAGAGAGAGAGUUUGUCACAAAACAACCAAGUCCUGCGGUCACUCAAAGGCUAACAAAAGGAUGUCAGGCCAGAUCUGACCAGCUCGUUUGACCAUUAACCUCUCUUGUCCACCCCCUCGGGCAUUUUAGCAGUAUACAAAAGAAUGAGCCAUUAAACCCCUUGCUGAGAACCUUGUCCUGCAAUGAAGUUCUCUCCUUCUCCCCAAGGUCCAAAGUGAUAUUCUUCAUGUUGAAGUUCCCAGGUUCAACUUAUGUCACCUCUCAUCAAAUGAUCUUAGAUAGAAAGACCAGGAAAGUCUCACAGAAGACUCUACCACUGUAGAUGGUAUAGCCUUUACAUACCUUUCUUUGCAUGAUUCAUAUAAUGCAACAGGUACUGACUCCACAAAACGUUGCAAUACUGUGGCCUUUAGAAGAUAAACAGAAAUAACUGGGGAAAAGGGAAGGCUAUCAAAAGCAUGCCAAACAGACACAAGCAGGGAUAUGCAGAAGUAAUUUAUAGCUUGCAAAUUUGUACAGUCAAACCUCGCAUGUUGAAUGUAAUCCGUUCCGAAAUGUUCAACAACCGAGGCGCAGAUUCUGAUUGGUUGCAAGAGCUUCUUGCACUUAAGUGGAAGCCACGUCGGACAUUCGAGUUCUGAGGAAUGUUAAAAAACUGGAGCAUUUACUUCUAGGUUUUCAGCGUUUGGGAGCCGAAAGGUUCGAAAAUGGAGCUGUUUGAGAACUGAGGUUUGACUGUACCACUUAUUUAUUCUUAUAAAAUGGAACAAAGUUCUAGAGUAAGAAUGUGUGUGUGUGUCGAAUUAAAAAGGUUAAAAAUGCAUAUAAAUGCACCGAUGAUUAAAGGGUUUCAAUUUGAGAAAUGUUCAUUCAGCGAUCCAUUUGUUCCAACAGAGCAGUUCUCUGCAAUGACCCAGAGAUGACUCUCACACCCGUGAACUUCCCCGCGGAUACAUUUAAACUCCGGAUAGAAAAGACAGCCAUCCGUAGAGUCCCGGGGGAGUCGUUCCAUUCCCUCCGCAACCUGGAAUUCUUGUGGAUGCCCUAUAACUCUUUGGCAAGUCUCACUGUGACUAACUUCCGGGGUCUCCGCCGAUUGCAAGAGCUGAGGCUGGAUGGGAACGCUCUGACCUCCUUCCCCUGGGAAGCCCUUCUGAGCAUGUCCCAGCUGAGGCUGCUGGAUCUACACAACAAUGAACUUGCCUCUCUCCCAGCUGAAGCUGCUCAGUACAUCCGGAACAUCACUUACCUAGAUAUCUCGAGCAAUAAACUGGUGACGCUUCCUCAAGAACUCAUUGCUGUCUGGUCGAACCUCCAAGCAGUUCCAUACUUCCCCAAUGACAAUUCUAAGAUCAUCUUAGGUAAGAGGUUUAACUAUGAAUCUGAACGAAGGAAAGCUCUUACUAUUCACAUUAUUUAUGACCAUACCUCAGUGGGCUGGAUCGAUUUCGCUCACGUUCUCAUUUUUCCAGUCUUAACCACAGCUCUCCUCAUUUCCAUAUCAGUUGGUGAUUUAAAACAAAUAUCCGCAUCAAAAUUCACGAGCAUUUUCAUGCAAAUUUCUCCUUACACACACACAUUUGCUAAGCGAUUAUUCUACAUUAUUGUCAAUAAUAUUUGCAUCUUAAUGCCUGCUUUAUCCCACCGUAUUCAUCUCCAUACACAUUACUUGGUUGGAGAGCUGAUUUGCUAAAUUUUGAGAAGUGCCAAUUUUGAAGGUUGGCUGUAUGGUUCACGUAUGGUUUCAGGGUGUGCAAAACGAGGUGGGUUUGCCUUUAAAUAUGAACAGCAUCGAAUCCCACACCCAUCCCUAAUCCAGACUAAGUUACUAGGAAUUUAGCUUCCAUUGAAAUCAAUGGGACAGAAGUCAUGACUAAUGUGUCCUCUUCAAAAUUUCAGUGGAAGUUAAGCUCAACUAACUUUGACUGGAUCCAGCCUACACCCCUCUGAUGCUUGAGGCAUAUUUUUUACCUGAAGGAAGAAAUCUCUCUAUACCAGUGGUUCCCAAACUCUCCCCCCCCCCACUGUCCUGGACCACUUGAAAAUUGUUGAGGGUCUUGGCGGACCACUUAAUGAUUUUUCUAACUAUUGUUUAGCAAUUGUCAUGCUAAGGUGUUAUUUAAAAAAUCUAUAUGGAUUUCAAACAUUAGUACAAUAAUAUACAAUAAGAAUAAAAAGAAGCAAUUAAAAUACAAUUAAAAAUCAAUACAAAUAUUUUAAUGCAAUGGAUAUGCCCACUGUGUUAACAAAAUUCUUCAAUAUUUGGCCUGAUCUUUGUUACCAUGGAUGUGGCACUACCAAGACCACUUCCAUAGUUGCUUCCAAACCUACCUCUGAAGGAUCUCCAAAGAGGAGAUUUUACAACUGUCUCAGAUAGCUGAUUACAUUAUGUCACGAAUGAAUGAGGUCUUACCAGAGCUGAACAGCAGUAUCCUUUCUUUUACAUGAUGCUCCUGUGAACACAAGCAUAAAUGACAGCAACUUUUUGUGAGACAACGUUACAUUUUCAACACAACAUUCAGUGCAACCUCCAAACAUUUCUGAGAGAUGCAUCUGACUAGCAAGUUAUGCUUCAGCUUGUACAUUUGCUGCCUCUUAAGUAUGUGCAAAACCUUACACUUUGAAUUUCAUUAUGUGGUUCCUUGUCUGGUGCUGCUCACAGUAAUUGUUGCAUUGAAUGCCUAGGCUGUCCUUGAAAGUGUUUGCAAUUUGUUGAGGUUUUCUGUCAUCUGAAGGCUGCUGCUAGCACAAGAAACCCAAACUGUGGCUUUAGACAACAUUGUAUUUACAGACCCUGGAGAAGCAGCCUGAGAGGUUUCAACAGAACUUUUCAACACCAGAAGAGCCAGAUGGGAUUAAUGGGGUAGAAAGCAGGGAUGCCAGUAUAUGGAGACAGAGCCAAAAAUAGGUGGAGCCAGCUAAUUCUAGUUUUUCCCUCCUCCUACUCCCUCCAGGCUUGGGGGCCCAGGUGAAUGAGAGGUGGAGAAACUCCUGUUGUGGUGGCAGGACUCAUUGUGCUGGCGUCAACAUUGUUGUUGUUUAGUCGUUUAGUCGUGUCUGACUCUUCGUGACCCCAUGGACCAGAGCACGCCAGGCACUCCUGUCUUCCACUGCCUCCCACAGCUUGGUCAAACUCAUGUUCGUAGCUUCACAAACACUAUCCAACCAUCUCGUGCUCUGUUGUCCCCUUCUCCUUGUGCCCUCCAUUUUUUCUCAACAUCAGGGUCUUUUCCAGGGAGUCUUCUCUUCUCAUGAGGUGGCCAAAGUAUUGGAGCCUCAGCUUCAGGAUCUGUCCUUCCAGUGAGCACUCAGGGCUAAUUUCCUUAAGAAUGGAGAGGUUUGAUCUUCUUGCAGUCCAUGGGACUCUCCAGAGUCUCCUCCAGCACCAUAAUUCAAAAGCAUCAAUUCUUUGGUGAUCAGCCUUCUUUAUGGUCUCACUUCCAGCUCUCACUUCCAUACAUCACUACUGGGAAAACCAUAGCUUUAACUAUACGGACCUUUGUUGGCAAGGUGAUGUCUCUGCUUUUUAAGAUGCUGUCUAGGUUUGUCAUUGCUUUCCUCCCAAGAAGCAGGCGUCUUUUAAUUUCGUGACUGCUGUCACCAUCUGCAGUGAUCAUGGAGCCCAAGGAAGUAAAAUCUCUCACUGCCUCCAUUUCAUCCCCAGCUCCAACAUUACACAAUGUCAAAAGAAAACAUUGCAAAUGAAAAUCAAAUACAAGAUACAAUAAAGACCUGCAUUUAAAGCAGUAUGAUUAACAGGGAGACAAGAUAUUCCCUAAACAUAAAAACCAAGUAAAAUCAAAUAUAGAAAAUGAAAUGAAAACUCUACUUAGAAACAUUAUUAGCCACUAAACAAAAUAAUGGAGAUAGAAGCUGCUCUGCCCUCACCCAGUAACAUCUCCCAAACAUAUCCUUAGCACUCUUGCACUCUUUCACCACCACUCAGGCAUUCCUGCCAUCCACACUCAUAGCACAGACUAACCUCUAGGCAACCAUUUGUCACAAAAUGAUUGUCUAGUUUAUGAAAGAUCUCUGGCAGCAUUCAGCACAAUUCACAACCAGCCCAUUCACCGACCUCCAUCUAGGCUUAACAUUUAUAUAGCGCUUUCAAAUUUUCAGUGCUUCAUCAUAUGCGUUAUCAAGUUGUAAGGUAACAACGUCCUGUCAUGUAAGCAAAUAUGAUUAUUCCUCAUCUUGCAGACAGGGGAGACCGAGGCUGAAAGUGAGCGAUUUGCCUAAGGCCACCUGGCAAGUUUAUGAGAGAGGUGAGAUUCAAACUGGGACCUUCCUGAUUUGUAGCUCCAUCUCUUAAGCAUUAUAAAUCAACUUUUUUUUCUCAGACAAAGCUAGCAACACAGCAAAAUGUUGCUGUCAAGCACCUACCUUUGUACUGAAAUUUGCCAGGUUGGCUUUUUCAGGAGGCUGCAGUAAAAUCCACAGGCCUUGCCAAUGUGAAUUUUAUUCAUUUUGUCAAACUGGCAAAUUGACACAUUCCUUUGUUUUCCUAAUCAGAGCUCAUUCUUGCCAUUGAUUUAUUCAGCGUUUCCACAUAUCUCAGCAUAACAUACCCUGCCUCCGUGUGUGUGUGUGUGUGUGUGUAAAGUCUGAAGCAUGGUAGACACUUAAUAAUUCAGCAUUCUUUAUAUCCUCUGUCACUGCCUUUCCUUCAUCACUGAGCAGCAACUUCUCUAAAAAAAAAAAAAGCAUUUAACUUUUACUGGUCUUUGCUUGUUUCUUUUUUGAUCUUUGAUUUCCUUGAAGACACCGUAAGGUGCAGGUCAUCUUAGGGAAUGCAGGAAUAUAAGAAUUCUCUGCAUAGUAAAUAAGCAUAUAGAACAUGCUUGCAUCCUUUGAUACAUUGUACAGUAACCCUUCAUGACUUUAGCACAGGCAUAAUGGUAUGGGGAUAUUUCCAUGCCGAAGUGUUUCUGUACAGCCUGACAGUCAGCAUUUUAUGGAAUGAUCUGUAGACUAGGGGAUGAUUCUUUUAUAAAGACACACGGAGCUGCCUUUCCUUGUUUGCACAUCAUGGUAAGCCAAACUAUAGCUUUCUGGGACAAUGCAAGAAUGCUCGCUUCCACCUGCUCCUCCUUGGCCCUUUCAGCACCGAACAGCAAUUCAAGGUUUAGCAGAGUGUUUCCUCUGAACCUGGUGUAAUAGUAAAGGUCUUUCCUUCUGAAUCACAAUCUGUAAUUAAAGAAAAACCAGUGGUUUUCAACCAGUGCGUCCUUCUGUGAUGCCCUCUUGCAUCUCUGCCUCCCAAAGGCUUGCAAUGGCUGUUUGUUGCAGCAGCCCUGGCUACAAGCUCAGCAGGUGAAUGGAGCCUCUGGGGCUGGCCAGGGGGUGCUUCCCAGGCCCCUGUAGGGCAGUGGGAGGAGGCACCUUUUUGGGGGGCAGGGGGGUAGCUCAGAGACCAGGGGUGGCAGCUUCGGCUGCCCAAAGGACUCUCAUGGAGAAGGGAGAAUAGAGGAGGCAGAUGGAACACUCCAAAAGGGAGAGCGUUUGAAAAGGGGUGAGAGGCUGCCAGCUCUGCAGGCAAAGGAUGACAUAACUGGACUCCAGAGCUCCACAGGGGUGCCACAGAAAGAAUGCAGUUGGUCAAGGGAGCUGUGGAUCCAAAAAGGUUGAAAACCAUGGUCUAAACCAUGGUCCUGAGUUCAGAUGGCACCCUAAUGCAGAUCUUCACUUAGCUGCUACAUUAUGCUGUGCUGAAAGGUUCAGGGAUGAAUAAAGUGGGCGUGAUCAGUCCCGGUAUGCCAUUGUUUGGCUUAUAGUGACAUAUGAAUGGGGCUGCUGAAUCAAGCCAUUGGUCAAUCUAGCUCAAUACACGACUGGCAAUAGCUGAACAAGGGUUCAGACAGGAAUAUCUCUCAGCCCUCAUGUGGAGAUGCUUGGGACUGAACUUGCUUUCUGAGUGCAAAGUGUGUGCUUUAGCAUUGACCCUUCACCGAGGUUUUGUGUUGACCUUUCCAUUGCUAUGACUUUGCCAUGCUGAUCCCACAAAUAUCAGAGUCGUUCAUGAUCUUGGGUGAGGAAUCAGGGCUGGUUAGAACCAGAAACAAGGAGUGAAGCAGAGAAGGAGGAAUGGCCAGAAUCAACCUCUGUUUGACCUGGAGAAAUUCCAAGAGUCAACAUCUGUGGAGAGAGAUUUGCAUCAAGCGUGCAUUGGGCAUUAGAAGGGCUUCAGAUGAAUGCAGAAGCAAAUUCAAAGCACUCUUUUCAGGAUGGUUAGAGGCUAUGUAGGGGACUGUAAACACAUCACUUUCCCCCUGAGGCUAUAGAGCAUGCGACAGCAGAAGGCAACCAGACCACAUGGGUACACAAUAACACAUCAUACUGCAAGCUGAAGCUAUAAUAUUGGCGAUCUGUUUUCUGGGCUAUAUCUGUCUUUUGGAUCACAGAAGCUAUGAUCUUGAACUAUUCUUUCUCUAGGUGGUGAAGACAAUCAGGAGAAAUUUGGCUAGCCUAAAGAGAUUUAGAAUCCGGCACUGGAUAUUUUUAUCCUAAAAAAUUAAAGCAGAAACAUAUUAGGGUAAUUUCAACAAAUAGGGAAGCUUGCCACAUUUCCCCCUCUGCAGUCUUUUUGACAAUCUUUGCUUCCUCUCCCGUGAUAUUUAUAGACAGCUUUCCCAAUAAACUUGCUCAGGAGCAGACAAAGAUAUUAAAAGAAACAGUAAAAUCGUGCAGAUAAAAAAAACAACCCCAGACAGUUUAAAACAGCAGCAGCAAAUAAAAGCCACAUGAGAAAUCAUUGAAAAUGAUUUACAGAUGGUAUUUAAUUCUGAGUAGACUUGCUAAGAUGAAUAAGACUGAAUCUGAUAAGUGCUGGAGAUGCAAUGAGGUUGAGGGUAUGUUCUUUCAUAUGUGGUGGACCUGUAAAAGGAUAAAAGAGUAUUGGAAAAUAAUUUAUAAUGAAUUGAAAAAAAGGUUAAAAGGACCUUAAAAAAAACAACAAAAAACCCCACCAGAGUCCUUUUAGUUGGGGAUAAUUCAGAUGGAAAUUCCCAGGUCUCAAAAAAGGCUAUUUAUGCAUGCCGCUACAGUGGCCCAUGUUUUGGUAGCCCAAAACUGGGAAACGAGCGAGGUCCCUACUAAAGAAGAAUGGCAGCUUAAACUGAUGGAAUAUGUGCAGCUUGUGGACCUAACAUACAGAAUAAGAGAACAAGAAGAACAUAAUGUUUAAAGAAGAUUGGAAAAUGUUUAUUGAAUAUAUGGGGGAAAAUUGUGUACAUUUGAAAACGUUGGCAGCAUUAAGAAAAAUUCAGAUGUGUAAAUAAGUUUUGCUGGAAGUAAUAAUAGAAUACUGAAUGGUUUAGUUUAUCUAAAAUAUGCAGGGAUUUAUGCUAUGCAAAAUGAACCAUGGAAAGAGAAGAAUGGAGGUCAUUGAUAUUUUAAGGUUGUCUAAAUGAAUAUUCCAAAUUGUAAAACAGAAAAUUUAAUAAAAAUUAUAUAUAUAAAAGCCACAUGAGGCGAUGAUGAUGAUGAUAUGAAGGAGGAAGAUAGUGUGUGUGCACAUGGGCAUGUGGAAAGUGUAGAGAAAGUUUUGGCCCUUCUCCAUUAAUACUAGAACUCAGGAAGUUGAGUCCUGGAAGAUUCAGGAGAGGCAAAGUGCAUAAGCAUUUAAAUUUCCUCACACAAGAGGCAAUGAUGGCCACCAUCUUAGAUGGCUUUAAAAGACGAUUAGAAAAAUUUGUGGAGGAUACAGCUAUUACCUGCCAUAAUGACUAUUUUCUGUCUAUGCUGUCAGAAGCAAUAUGCCUCUGAAUAUCAUUUGCUAGAAUCACAGGCGGGGAUAAUGCUUUUGUACUCAGCUCCUGCUUGUGGGCAUCUCAUCGCCACCUGGUCUGCUGGGAGCCACCUAGAGUGGCUGAGGAAACCCAGCCGGAUGGGUGGGGUAUAAAUAUUAUAACAACAACAACAAUUAGAAAAGGAUGCUAGACAGGCCAUUGCCCUGAUUUGGGAGGUUCUUCUUAUGAUGUGUUUGUGUCAAGGUGGUUUGGUGGGCAUCAACAAAUUAUUGAACAGAAUACCAUAGGAGAAUUUUAUUUCCCGGUUAUGCAGGUAAAUAAUAGUCCAGCCAGCAAAUGGUAAGGUAGAGAAGGGGCAUAAGAGUCUCAAUAGCAACAGUCCUGAUGCCUUGUAUAAAUUCUUAUGUUACUCCAGGUUAGGAUUGCCAUAGCUCCCAGUUUUCCUGGACAUAUCCAGAAUAGUGUUAUUGGCAGUACUGUCUGGGUGGAAAUCACCCAAAUGUCCGGGAAAAUCCGGACAUAUGGUGGUUCAUGUCGAUUUUCUAUAAAAAUAGAUUAAAAAAUCACUAAAUUUUCUUUAGUGAUUUUGCAAAAAAAUAAACAACACACCUCAACAACUUUGGCCAGACCCAAAAUAGCUCAACAACUUUGGUCAAAAACAAUGAAAAUAAAGCUCAUCAACUUUGCCAAAAAACAACAACUCAAUAACAUUUCUGUCUGGAUUUUCACUGUUUGAAGUAUGGCAACCCUACUCCAGGUUUAAAGAAGAAUGAGAAUGAUUUGUUGCAGUUGCAUCCUGUUUGCUUCUAAGGAACCCAAAGAGUGCACAGAUACACUAAACGGCAACAUUUUAGAUGUUUUGUGCCCUCUUUCCGCCACAUGGUGGCAUUCAAAUCACAUCAGGGGGAAAAGAAACCAUUUAACCAAAGUAGGAACAAAUAAUGACAUUACAAUUGCAUAACUGAAUAUUAUCAAAGACCUUGGGUAAACAGAAGUACUUUUGGCUAGCAUUUAAAAGGUACUAAAGUAUGUGUAAUUUUUGGCGGUAGGAAUGGGGACGUGGCACGUUCUGUUACUGGAGUAUAGGAGGGUAAUAGGAAGAAUAGUUAGAUAUGUUAGUGGCCUUGGUUGUGGUGAUCUUUUAAAUGGGGUGGGGAGGACUUUUUCUGUUUAAAUAUACUGUCAGACGAAUAUUUUUGUUUUGUGUAUUGUUAUUAUGUGUGUUUAUCUGGUUUUUGAUAUCUGUGCUAUUUUACUUUACUGUGUUACUUUGAGGCACUUAAGUGAAAAAAUGUGACUAAAUAACAACAACAAUAUACAAUUCAGAAGAUCCUCUUACUGAGAUUCACCUUCCUCAUCUUCCAGAGAUGGACAUGUUUGAAGCACAUUUUUUGCACCCCAAGGUGUUUGUAUCAAGGGCAGAAAAUGUGUGUGUGUUGAAAACUCUUCAAAAUCUAAAUAUAUUAAAUAUUGAACCUAUUUGCAAGAUUAAGACCAGAUUUGGAUUACCUUUUUAGGGCAUGUAAUUUACUAUGCUUAAGGGUGGAAUUCGCUUUCUGAAGCACUUUCUGAAACAAUAUUCAAACUCAAACACAGCCAUCCUUUGAAAAUGGCACUUUUCUGAAUUUUUGCAGUGCAGUUUUCCAGCCAUGUAAUGUGUGCAAAAAUGCAUAUAAGCAUAAGCUAAAGCGUGCUCUCUCUGUGUGUGUGUGUUUGUGUGAUGCAGAUUUUGGUGAAAAUAGCAUUCACUAUAUUGGGGAACAUUGGUUUGCAAAAAUGUGUAUAUUAGGCAGGAUUGCAUUCAACAGUGGCUGGAUCUAGACGCAUCAAAAAAGCAAUGCAGUUAAACGCAUUGUAAAUUUCAUAAAGGGAAAUCCUGUUGGCAAAAGAUCUUCACAGUGCCAUCUGGUGUCACAGUGUUAUAACUCAUAAAGUGCUUUUUCUUUACUAACGUAGCUGAGUCCAGUGUGUUUCUCAGGAGAAAUUUGCACAAAAAUGUGAUUUGGAUGAGGAAUUUUUUUAAAAAAGCAGAUUGCUGUGGAAAUGUGGAAAACUCAAUAUAAGAUUGGGAAAAUGAUAAAUUAAGAGAAGUAACUACAUGUAAGUUUAGGGAGAAUGCUGUUGCACUUGGUCCUGUUUGUGGGAGUCCCAUAGGCACCUGAUUUUGGUCUAGAUAGGCCUCAAACCUGAUCCAACAGACUGUUCCUUUUUAUAAUUUUAAUUAUUUGCAUUUCUGGUAUAAUUCCAUGUCAGCGAAAUAUGGACAAAAAGAACACAAUAAGAAAAGAAUCUCUGAAAUAAAAAAGAGGUUACAAUUUAAAAUUUCUAAAAAUAAACCAAAAAACAUUCCUUAGCCAACUUCCUCUCCUCUCCUUCCAUGGUUCCUUUUAUCUCUUUUCCCCAUGUUUUGUUGUUUCGCCCCAUCUAUUGUAACUACUUUUAUAAACUUUAUUUAUUUCUUACACUGCUAAAAAUCUUACCAUCCUGCUAGGUAGAUUGUUUUCUUAUAAUACUUUUUCAUAUAUUCAGUAAACAAUAUCCAGUCCUCCUUAUAUCUUUAAUCAUUUACAUUUCUUAUUCCAGUGGUCAUUCCUGCAAGCUCCACAUAUUCUAACAGUUUAAUAUGCCAUUCUUCUUUUGUUGGUACCUUAUCUGUUUUCCAUUUUUGGGCUAGUGACACACGCUUCCUUCUCUUCCCAGGUUUGCAGGACAAUCCUUGGACGUGCGACUGCAGCCUCUACGAAAUGGUCCACUUCCUCAAUUUCCAGUCCCCCAACGUAGCGUUCAUUGAAUCCAGACUGAAAUGCUUCACUCCCCGGAGCUUGGCUGGAGUUUUCUUCAGCCAGGUUGAACUGCGGAAGUGUCAGAGUCCGGUCGUGCACACAUCCGUCGCCAAAGUGAGGACCUUACUGGGAAGCACUGUGCUUCUGCGCUGUGGCACCACAGGAGUGCCCAUUCCUGAGCUGAGCUGGAGGAGGGCUGAUGGAAACCCUCUGAAUGGCACAGGUAGGUUUUCCUUUCUCGGUUGCAGGCCCUGUGACUGCGGUUUGUAAAGAAGAGUGUAAUCGUAUGGUGUCCCUAAAGGAUCCUGCUAAGUAGGUAAAUGGGACGGAGGUGGCGCUGUGGUCUAAACCACUGAGCCCCUUGGGCUUGCCAAUCAGAAAGUCGGCGAUUUGAAUCCGUGCGAGGGGGUGAGUUCCUGUUGCUUUGUUCCAGCUUCUGCCAACCUAGCAGUUCGAAAGCAUGCCAGUGCAAGUAGAUAAUAAUAAUAAUAAUAAUAAUAACAAUAAUAAUAACAAUAAUAAAUUUUAUUUAUAUCCCGCCCUCCCCAGCCGAAGCCAGGCUCAGGGCGGCUAACAACAAUAAAACAGUACAAAAAUACAGCACAAACAACACUCUAAAAUCAUUCAUUAUAAAAUUAAAUAGGUGCUGCUGCAGCAGGAAGGUAAACAGCAUUUCUGUGCACUCUGGUUUCCGUCACUGGAUUCUGUUGCACCAGAAGCGGUUUAGUCAUGCUGGCCACAUGACCCGGAAAGCUGUCCAUGGAUAAAUGCCAGCUCUCUCAGCCUGAAAGAGGGAUGAGCACCACAACCCCAUAGUCAUGUUUGACGGGACUUCACCGUCCAGAGGUCCUUUGCCUUUAGCUCUGCUAAAUAAUUUGUUAGAACAUUCAACAAAGUCCUUUGGGCAGUUUGCAUCAAGUUCAAGCCAUGUUCAAUUAAGCCAUUGGAACAUUAAUUGAGACAUUAAAAAUCUAUUGAUGUGGUUCGCUGCCUAAAAACCAACAUAAGCAGCACAACAGCAUUUAAAGCCAGCAGAAAUAAUCUGUUCCAAGGGCAGAUGAUUUCUUGAGCUACGCAGCUACAAUCCUAUACAUGCCUACUCAGAAAUAAGACCUUGUUAAUUUAAUGGUGAUUAUUCUCAUGUAAAUGGGUAUAGGAUUGUAGCCCAAGCCUGCUGCUCAGGUCAUGGUUUAAAUAUAUACUGUAAAUUGCAUUAGCAUCUUGCAUCUGCAAAGGCAUCCUGUUCUUAUGUCAAAAGAUAUCAUGGGGCCCUAAUUAGACUUCUUCAGAAAUACACUAGGGAUGGGGAACUUGUGGCCAUCUAGAUGUUGUUGGGCUAUACCUCCUAUCAUCCCUGACCACUGUCAUGCUGGCUCAGACUGAUGGUAACAGGAGUCUUACAACACCUGAAGGACCACAGCACAGGUACCCCAUUCCUGCUAUAAACAGCGGCAACUGAUAUGAUCAUAUGUUCAGAGCACUUUCCCUUUAAGGAAAGGCAAAAGCAUCUGAGGAUUUUCAGUGGGACAUGGUUGAGGUUUAUUAAACAAUGGUGCUUCAAGAAUGGUUGCAGGAAUGGUCUUUUUAUUAACACUGGGACUCAGGGGUCACCUUGGGAACUGAAUAAAUAGAAGCACUUCUUCACACAGUGUGAAGUGACUUUUGGACACUAGCUUAGAAAUGGCUUUUAAAAGGAUUCUACAACUGCAUGGAUAAUGGGUCUAUCAAUGGAUGUUAGCCAUCGUAACUAAAGGGAAGCCUCCAUGUCCGGGGGGAGGGGUAUAUAUCAGGUAACCGGAUUCUGGAGACAAAUGGCAGAAGGUGGCUGUCAUCCUCUUCUGAGAUUCCUAAAGGCAUCUUGGCUGGCUGCUAUUGGAAAAAGAUUGCUGGACCACACUGGUUUUAGUUUGCAAGGCUGUUCUUAAGCAGAGGGAUGUUCUUGCCACGCUAUGGUUGUUCCCAAGCACACUUGAGUAAUGUCUACAACUUUUGCUCAAGUGUUCAGGGCGGAGCACCUAGAAGUUUGUCCAACCAAGCAGAGCACCACUUCUGGUCUCAACUGGGCUAUCAUCUUAAGAAUGACAUCACUGUAAAAUCUAUUAUGAUCUGAUGUACUUUGAUGUUUAGGGAACAGCCAUAGUUCAGUAGUAAGAAUACACACUUUGCAAGUAGAAAGUCCCAGGUUCAUUCCUCAAAAAUGCCAGGUAGGGAUGCAAAGUACUUCCUGAUUGAAACUCAGGAGAGCUGCUUUCAGUCAUUACAUGCAUCACUGAUCUAGAUGGGCUAGGUAAAGAUAACUGCAGGGCUCGGGUGGCACUGUGGUCUAAACCACUGAGCCUCUGGGCUUGCUGAUCAGAAGGUCAGCGGUUCAAGUCCCUGUGAUGGGGUGAGUUCCCAUUGCUCUGUUCCCAGCUCCUGCCAACCUAGCAGUUCGAAAGCAUGCCAGUGCAAGUAGAUAAAUAGGUGGGAAGGUAAAUGGUGUUUCCGUGUGCUCUGGUGUUCCAUUGUGUCAGAGGCGGUUUAGUAAUGCAGGCCACAUGACCCAGAAAGCUGUCUGUGGACAAACGCUGGUUCCCUUGGCCUGAAAGUGAGCAGCAACCCAAUGGCCACCUUUGACUGGACUUAGCACACAUGACUAAGCCAGCAUCAGCCUUUGACUGGACUUAACUGUCCAAGGGUCCUUUACUUUUUUUUUUAUAAAAAAGAUGAACUAAUGCCCUAAUUCAGUAGAAAUCCAAGGAAGUUAUCAGAACAAUGAUAGCUUUCAGGUAAUGAAAUGAUUAUCUAAAAAAGGGGGGAAUGGAAUCUAAGCAGUCCGUUUUACUGAAUUUCAUCCUGUUUCUACCUUCCAGUGCACCAAGAAAUUUCCAGUGAUGGAAUGAGCUGGUCUAUUCUAGGCUUGCCUGUCGUUUCUUACCUUGAUUCUGGAGAAUAUAUAUGCAAAGCAAAAAACUUCCUCGGAGCAACAGAAGCUUUCAUCUCCCUUAUCAUCACUGACUCAGAAAGCACAGAUGACCCCACCACAAACUCAAAAGGGACAUGGAAUGGAAAAGUGAGUGGGAUGGAAGCAGCGGCUUACAACGACAACUUGGUAGCCAGGUACGUGAUCACCACGUCAACUUCCCCUACCAUGGGUGCUCGGUCCAUUCGUGCCAACACAGAAGGGAACCUGGCACUUCGAGAUCAGGCACUAAAUGUGAUCAACAACCCAAGAAAUCUCUUAGCGAGUCCGCCUACUGCCCAACAGGAACCAGAGCGCAUUGUGAGGUCUGUCAGAGUCAUAGGAGAUACCGACCACAGUGUCUCCUUGGCAUGGAAAGCUCCUCAAGCCAAGAACACAACCGUCUUCAGCAUCCUUUAUGCGAUCUUUGGAGAAAGGGACAUGCGUAGAAUCAAUGUGGAGCCAGGUAAGACCAAGAUCACUAUCAAUGGCUUGAUGCCGAAGACCAAAUAUAUAGUGUGUGUCUGUGUGAAAGGGCUGAUUCCCAGGAAAGAGCAGUGCAUCAUCUUUUCCACAGAUGAAGUAGCCAGUGCAGGUGGAACCCAGAAACUUAUCAACGUUGUGGUCAUCAGCGUGGCCUGUGUCAUUGCCGUCCCUCUGACGUUAGUGGUGUGUUGCGGGGCGCUGAAACGGCGCUGCAAAAAAUGUUUCACCCGGAAACCCAAGGAAAUCCAGGACUCUUACGUCACCUUUGAAAGCCUCUCUCCAGGCGCCAAAGCCAAAGGAAUGGAAGGGGAAUACUUGACUAGACACACACCCGACGAAUCCAAUAGGUUGCUCUCUGCCAGGUCGAGUGUGGACUCAGAAGCAAUACCAAAGGCAGAGGGACAGCCGAACGAGUACUUUUGCUGACACUGAUCUCUUAGUAUGCAAAGCGAUUGCGCUUACACCUCUAUUGGACAGUGCAGAAAUGGCAUGACUUUGAAGACUUACAUGUCACAAGUAUUGUCUCGAUAUAUUUGUCAAAAGAACAAUGGACAGCUCUACCUGGACUGUGUUCCCCUCACACUUCAACAGUGAAAAGUCUAUGUGUGCAUUUGCUGAGACCUCCCCCAUGCCAAUCCAGUCCGGAAUUGAGUGGAGUACUUAUUGAAUCUACACUGAGAAGAUUUCGUUUUUAAUUUUUGUCUGUUGGGGCAUGCAGGAAGGAGGAUAGAAGUGGAAAUUGUAGGUUAUUAGGACCCAGCAGAUGAUGGCUGGAUUCUAGUUUCCUGGGACUCCAGAAAGGGAGUGGGUGUGAAAAUGUUUAGGCUGAGGGGAUGGAAGCUGAGUGGGUAUAUUUAUAUGCAAAGAAGCAGAUUGAUAUGGGAAUGACUUGAGUCUUUGUCAGGUAGAUGAUGCAAAAAGGAAGAACUCACCUCCAUCACAGAAAAAUAGAAAGAAAAUGUGGGAAAUGACUCAGGUGCAGAAUAAACAUUAUAAUAUUUUCUAGUACAAAAAGUCUGAUCAAGGACAAAAUGAAAUGUGAACACAUUUAGAAUAACACUCAUCUUCAGGGAAUCAGUUACAACUAUUCUCCUGUUAAAAUACAAAGUAAAGGAGGAGACAACUUAUCAAGGACUCACAAGAGAUGACGACCAAAGGCUUCAUCUAGGUCAAUACUUUAAAGCAAAGGUAGACAAUGUGAUGCUCUCUGGAUGUUGUCGGGCUCUAACUUCCAUCAAGUUCUAUCAUGACCAAUGGUCAGUCAAUCAAAGCAGUUGCAGUCCAACAACAUCGGGAGGGAACCACAAUGAGUACCCCUGCCUUAAAGUAUCUGUCUAGUCCCAAAUUCUCUCACCACUCCUGCUCCUAAUAACUGCGCGAUUUCCUGGAAGGAAUUUGUGAUCAAAGAUUAGGGAAGGAAGAAGGAUGGAUAGUGGGAAUGUCCCCCAAGCGGUCUAGGCCUAAGGUUCCCUUUGCAAAAUAAACCCUAUUCCAUGAAUACAUGUACAUAUAUGUCACGAUGUUAAAUGUAUAUUAUGG